AUGGCUUUUGGAGACCUCAAAACCGACAAAGGAGUUAACGAACUCAACAAGUUCCUAGAAGACAAAAGUUACAUCAAAGGAUUCCAACCGUCCCAAGCCGAUGUUGAUGCGUUGAACCAGCUAGCCAAAGCCCCAGCAGUAGGUCAGCCCCACGCCCUACGUUGGUACAACCACAUCAAAUCUUUCAGUGCCGACGAGCUCAAAAACUUUGGGGCGUCCCCAUUGAAAGCUGGGAGCACCACUACGGCUCCAGCAGCUGCUGCCGAUGACGACGACGUCGAUCUUUUCGCUUCUGACGAAGAAGAUGAAGAUGCAGCCAGAAUCCGGGAAGAACGUCUUAAGGCUUACGCUGAAAAGAAAUCCAAGAAACCAGAACUCAUUGCUAAAUCCAGCAUAGUGUUAGACGUUAAACCUUGGGACGACGAAACCGAUAUGAAAGAAAUGGAAAAGCAAGUUAGAUCUAUUGUAAUGGAGGGGCUUUUGUGGGGAGCCUCGAAAUUCGUCCCUGUGGGCUAUGGUAUUCAAAAAUUGCAAAUUAUGUGCGUCAUUGAAGAUGCCAAAGUUUCAGUAGACGAGUUGACUGAAAAAAUUCAAGAUUUUGAAGAUGUCGUUCAGUCUGUUGAUGUUGCUGCUUUCAAUAAGAUUUAA